CUUCUCCCAUAUCCUCUGCCGAGAUGGCCUCAGCCCAGCCCAAUACAACGCUGUACAUCAACAACCUUAACGACCAGAUCAACAAGCAAGAGCUCAGGAUCCAGCUUUACGCGCUGUUCACGACUUAUGGAAAACUUAUCGACGUGGUUGCAACUAAAAAUCAGCGAAUGCGGGGGCAGGCUUUCCUGGUGUUCUCCGACCUUGCUUCGGCUACGACGGCUAUGCGGGCAUGCGAAGGUCUCAUAUUCUACGACAAGCCUCUCCGAAUCGCGUACGCGAAAUCAAAAUCCUACGCGACUUCUCGGAAGGAAGACCCCAACUUUGUCCCUCCUACGUCCGCCAAUGCUAGCGCGCUCCUUCUGCAGAAUACGCGGGCAGAGAAGCGUCAGCGCGAGGAAGAUUUGGAGAGCGACCGCAAAACUAAACGCGAUAAAACGGAUGAUGACGACGAGGAGAUGGAGAUCGAAGAUGACGAUGAGCAGCCACCCGCCGAUGAUUCCGAAGCCCCCGUAGCAUAUCCCACAGCGCGCCUUCUCUGUACCAAUCUGCCGCAAGAGGUUUCAGACGGGGUACUUUCUGUUCUUUUCCAACAAUAUCACGGGUUCAAGACCACAAAAGUCGCGCCUACAAAUGUGCCGAAUGUCAAGAAGGCUCAAGUAUUUUUCGAAACUGCGCAGCUCGCAUCAGUCGCCAAAGAUGGUCUGCAUGGGUUCACUUUGAAGAAGGAUUGGGUCAUGUCGGUACAAUAUAUUUAGGUGCACUGUUGUUCACAUGUUCAAUCUUAGGAUGCCUUUUGAGAUCAAGUACAAUUUCAUUUCACGCAAUGGCUACGGAACCCCUAACUACGUCGACCAAUUACUGGGUGAGGGCUUUGAGAAUCUCCUUGCCAAUGGGGCCAGCAGAGGACGGGUUCUGUCCGGUGAUUAGCACACCGUCGCGGACAACGUGGGGCUGUAGAAUGUCAGAACCAAGUCGAGACUGCGCCUAGAAUGAUAACGCACCCCCCAGAUUUCGGCGGCCUUCUCGUACUUUCCGCCGAGGCUGACGAUGCGAUCCUCGAGCAAGAAGGGGAUUUCCUAUGCGAAAGACAAUCAGAGGCGAUCGUUUGUGAAGAGCGGCGAUGACGCACUUGGACCAUAUCAACAGCAUUCUCCUCGGCGUUGGAGAAACCAGUGGCGGCGCGGCCGGCAAAGAUGGACUUGCCCUCAGCGUCAACUGCGCCGACAAUGGCACUAGACAGAUGUCAGGAGACGAACGACGCGCAUACAUCGGCACUCACGCGGGACCGUGGCACACAGCGGCGGUGAUUUUGCCAGCUUGGAAGAACUAUAAUUCAAUCAGCGCGCGAUCCUUCGUCAAUUGUCUAAUGCGAACCUCGGAAGCGAGCUUCACGUUCACAGGAUCGACGGAGAGGUCGAUGCAGGGCCCGUGUCCACCAAUGUACAAGAUGGCAUCGUAGUCCUUCACGUUGACAUCUGAGAGCUUCUUGGCGGAGGCGAACUUGGCCUGGACGGCAGGGUCCUUGAGGAAGUUGACGCUCUCGUCGUCGGUGAACAUCUGGGUCGUUGUGGUCAACAGAUUUCACGAGGCCGCGAUCUGCACGAACCUUCACGCUGUACUCGUCAAUAGGAGGGUUGGGGCCAGCUGGGCUGGCAAAAUCGAUCGUGGCAUGGGGGGACAGGAUGUAGUAAGGGUGAGCAGCCUGAAACACGCGUCAGAGUCUACGCGUAGCACAGCAGCGACGCAAGGGUACCUCAGGCAGGUACCAGCCCUAGGAUGAUUGUGAGUGGACGCGAUCUACAACGGCUCCGCAACACGCACGGUAGGCUUUCCGGUGAGGGUCUUGCUGCAGGAGGUGAAGACAAGGAGGACGGCAGGCAUGUUAUCGAUGUUGUGGAGGGAUGAGGAGACGUGAGUGAGGAUCUGCCCAAAAGAGCGAGAUGCUUUUAUAUCUGGCUUUGAUCCGCUUCUUUUGACAGAUUUAUCAAAAAAUGACGAGGAGAAACGAUUGCAUGAUUGCAUCCAGUCUGCGUGAUCGUCAGCAACUGUAAGCAAUGUGUUCAUCGGGAAAACAUGAAACCGGAAACCGACACCGUAUGUCGCCGGACGCCAGAAACUGCAUACGAUAUGGACUAAAUCGGUGUGGAUCGCUUUUCUCCUUGAUGAGGUCGACUUACAAAGUGUUCCCCCUCUCUUCGCACUAUCUCCUCUGCCUCUAUCGACACAGAUAAAGCUUGGUACGACCACGUGAUCGUGUUCCACCGCCGGCUAUCUCCGACUGGAAAGCCGCCUCACAAAUUCUGCCUAAGCCGCAUCAUCAGUGAGGCGCCAGGCCGAGCCGCGUCAGUGUCGAGCUGCAUCGGCUUGCCCUCAUUUCAGGCCUGGCCUCCUGACCCGCUCUUCCGCAUGCUGCGAUUCAUGCCCGGCCAAGACCGACUGGUUCAUCAACCAUGCCUGGACACGACCUUACCACCUGGAAGGGCAGCAACCAGUCAUUUCGGAAGAAUGAUUGGCGGCCGAUGGUCUUCUCUGCCGAUCGUCGAUGCAAACUGUUUUCGCUUUGGAUCAUGAAGGCCACGCAGCAUUUCAUAUUCUCUUGCCUCUCAUGACAAGAGCAUGAAGGGAGAAGAAGCUGGUAGAAGUACCGAGGCCCAUGCAUCACGUCAUACUUGUAAUCGAUUGAGUGGCUCGACGGCAAUCUCCACGCAUGUCAAAUUUGACUGUCAAUCAAUACACAGCCGCAGCAGUUUCCGAUCUGCCACCCGAUUGGGUAGGUGGCUGGGCUCAGCUACUAUAUAACUUGCAUCCAACACGAUGUCCUCCUUCUUCGGCCUGGGGAAGACGCGCACCUUCAAGCCUCGCAAAGAUGUCCCUGAAGGAACAAAGCAGUAUCAACUGAGAAAGUAUGCCGAAGCAACUCUUGGAUCUGGAAACCUCAGGCUCGCCGUCCAGCUCCCAGAGGGCGAAGAUCUCAAUGAAUGGCUGGCUGUUCACACUGUUGAUUUCUUCAACCAUCUCAACAUGUUGUACGGAACGAUCACCGAAUUUUGCACCAAAGACGAGUGCCCGAUGAUGUCUGCAGGCCCCCGAUACGAAUACCUGUGGGAGGACGGUGUGAAGUACAAGCGUCCUACCAAGCUAGCAGCUCCCGAAUAUGUCGACGCGCUCAUGAACUGGGCUCAGGGGUUGUUGGACGACGAGAACGUAUUCCCGAAUAAGAUCGGUGUCCCAUUUCCCAAGAACUUCAGAGACACGGCACGCACGAUCGUCCGCCGUCUGUUCCGAGUGUAUGCACACAUAUACAGCAACCACUUCGAUCACAUCUGUGCACUAGGAAUUGAAGCCCAUCUCAACACCAGUUACAAGCACUUCUUUCUAUUUAUCCACGAGUUCGAUCUUGUGGACAAGAAAGAGCUUGCGCCAUUGGACGAGUUGAAUGAAGCCAUUCU